GGACACGGCCAACUCGAUACAUGAUAGGCUGUAUUGGCACGGUGCAGGAUUGCUCCAAAUAUUCAUUCAUGUGGGAAUGCAGCGGUGCGUCUAAUUGCUAAAGCUACAGCGCUUAAGGUCGAUAAAUUCGUGCACAAGGUAGUGGCAGCGUUAAUCAGUCAUGUCGCUGCUUCAUCUCCUGCAAGGGUGCACGGACGAUCACGCCAGCAAAGCGCUCUUACCGCUGCGAUACAUCAGACUUGACUUCUUCGCUGCACCCUAUCUUCUAUAUCAGUCACCAUGACCUCUACAGGCAUGUCAUGCUUGAUUCUUGCCGACGGGACAUACGUUGAUUCGAACAAAAUCAUGGGGUCGGGCCUGGAUGGCUACAUUGUGCGAGACCCAGGAGCGUCCAUAGUGAUGAAGAUUCCAAAGCUCUUUGUCGAGCUUUUCAGAGCCUGUCAUGCUCGCCGAGUGCUUGUUUUCGAUAUCGCGCUCCGCAAUCUCAUGCUUGCUGACAAUUUGAGUAUCAGAGCCAUCGACUUUGCAAACGGUUCGUUGCUUCCACUGAGCGGCGAUGAAAAGCUUGUGGAUUCUAGAGGCUACACAGCAGACGUCGAUAUCUUACAUGUCACCAAUGUCAUCUACUCCAUUGCCUGUUGGAAGAAGUUUCAGGUCGACUGUGUAGCCAUUAACGAAUGGCCGGCCGCAGAGACACUACCAUCUACUGCAGAUCUGCCCCUCGGACAGGUUAUUGUAGAGUCAUGGUCGCACCAAUUCAAAAGUCUUGACGAGCUCAAGCGCGCCAUCAUGUCGGCAGCAUCCCACACUCCAGCAAUCCCACGAGACGGAGACCACACCAUUCAGAAACCCGUCUUCUUAUCUGCGCCCUUGCCUGCAUUGCUCUGUUAGUGGCUCGAUUCAGAUCGUGGAGUCGAGCAUGAAUCCUACAGCUCUGCAGUCCGGGCAUUCGAAUUUUCUGUUGGUGGUGGAUCCUUUGCUAGUCGAUUGGAUCACCGUGCAGUUGCUUCCUCAUAAUAUAGCUUCUG